AAUUCAAAUCAUAUCUCCAAUCAGAUCUGCUCUCUCACUCUCUCUUUUAAACCCUAAACUCACUUUCCCCCGCUUCCUUCCUUUUCAUUCUUAUUUUCAACCUAACUUUUCUUACCAAACCCUUUUCCACAACAGCCUUGAUUCUUCUUCAAUCCUUUCUCUUCUCUUUCACUCGCUAUUGGAUUUCGUUCGUUUCUUGAUUUUAGCGAAAGGGUCUGUGUAAAAAUCUUGAAUUUCAAUUGGGAUUUUCAGAUUAUGGAGGAGCAGUCUUUGUUGGCGCCCAGAUCCGGUGUAAAGGUGACUGGUGAGAAGCGGAGUGGUGAUGAAUUGGAUGAGAAACAUGAAGUUGGUAGAAAACGAGUUAAAAUGAGAGAUCUUGAUUCUGUGUUACAUUCUCAAGAAAUCAAUACCCAUCAUGCAAAAUCUUUGAUAACCAAAGAAGUCAGCGAUCAACUUCAGUCUGAUGGAGAAGAGAUGUCCCAAGUAACUGAUUUGCCUAUUACUUUGGAUUUGGAUGGUUCCCAAGUCGAAAGAACUGUAAGGAAUGCUUCAUCAGUUGUGGCAGAUGAUACCCCGAGACUGCUAGAUCUCAAUUCCAAAGUUUGCAUUGCAAAUAGUUCAUGCUGUGUUGGUAGUCCUAAAUGUGCUGAGAAUUCUGACAAGCCAUCAUUUUUGCCGUUGAAGCACGAUAGAGAACCUGAUAGUAAUUGUUUAUCCUCAAUUAAUACUGGCUUGGAUCUUAAUGCAGAAGAUGUUGCUAGCUCAGUUAACCAAGACCCCUUUUAUCACUACAAGAAUCAUAAUCAUUUAAAAGCAAGAGAUUUUUCUGAAUGUGUGAGUUCGACAGCACCAUUGGAGGAGAAAGAUCCAAUGAGAGUGUGGAAGGAGAUGAAGCAAAAUGGUUUCCUCUCAUCAUCUCAUGGAGGCAUAUCAGUGCAAAAUAGUGUUCUCUCAUCUUCUCAUGGAGGCAUAUCAGUGCAAAAUAGUGUUCUCUCAUCUUCUCAUGGAGGAGUUCCACCAAUGCCGAAACAACGUGGGAGGAAAAGUAAAAGUGACACAUUUAAGAAAAAGAUGGAGAUUGCAAAGAGAGAAAAUGUUGACAGGUUCACCAAGAUUGCAGCUCCAAGUGGACUGCUUAAUGAAUUGAACCCAGGGAUUAUUAACAAUGUAAGAAAUAGAAAACAGGUCUACUCCAUUAUAGAAGCCAUAGUAAGGUCUGAAAAACAUGAAAAUAGUCAUUCUGGAAGCAAGCAGUCAAACUAUAUAAGAAGUGGAAGCAGAGAUGUCAGUUACUUCAAGGACCCAGAAAAUAUGAAUGAUUCAGGAAUACAUAGACUCUUUUUACAUUCUCAAGAUGAUAGGCCUCCAAGUACUUUCAGCAUGCAAACAAGUGGGUAUGCAAUGCCAAUGCACAAAUCUUAUUCUUCAGUUUCAGAGGACAAAAGUGGAGAUGGUGACUCGAGCAUGGUAGAUCAUGAAGAUGAUGCAUUAGCACUGAAAUUGUCAUCCUCAACCAAGGCAUCUGAGAAUACAAGCUCAUUAUCUAAUGAGGAACCGACUAACUUUGCGAGUGCUGCUUCUCUUUCUGUAAAAGCUGCAACCGUUGCUUCUCAAUGGCUGGAACUUCUUCAUCAGGAUAUCAAAGGACGACUUUCAGCAUUGCGUCGGAGUAAGAAGAGAGUCCGGGCUGUAAUUACUACAGAGUUACCUUUUUUAGUUUCAAAAGAAUUCUCCUCUGGUGUAGAGAAUGAUCCUAAUGCCAUAAAAAAUUCUGUUGAUAGAUUUUCAAAAAAUUCAACUGCAAAUUUGCAUCAAGAAAGAUGGAGACUACUGUUUGAUCAGAUGGAUAAAGCACUUACUGAAGAAGAGAAGCAGCUUGAAACUUGGUUGAAUCAAGUAAAGGAAAUGCAAGUGCAUUGUGAUCAAGGCCUGCAGUUUAACCAUUGGACUCCAGGUUAUGGUUUUCAACAUCUGGGAAUAUCAGAACAUGACUUCAGAUCAGGGAAAGCAGUUAGCUCAGAGAAGGAUUUAGCCGUUAAGGCUGCUGCAGCUUCCAUUUAUUCAACAUGUAAUUUCUUAGCAUCGAAGGAGAAUGUAUCCUGUUGCUGAUCUUAACUCCAGUGGUUGACUCUCCGACCCUGCUCAAUAUAUUGACUUUUCCUCCCCAUUCGUGGAGAAAUCUCCCUGUUCAUUCUUCGAAGUAGUAAUUAGAAAAAACCUUUGCUGAAUGGCUACUCUGUAACAUUAGAAAUAGAGAUCAUUAAUUUUUAAAUUUCACUUGUUACCCUUCCUUUAUCACUUCAAUAGUUUAAUACCAUAAUCUGAUUGUUAGAGCUUCGAAUUUUGCGUUCGAGAAGUUGUGUGAAUUGUAACUUAAUCAUUUCAUGUUCUUCAAUUGUACUUUAUCUUUGCUGAAUCUUAA